GCUUACUAUGAAGAUCUUGUGUUCUAUUUUGGUUGCAUUGGCGAUCCUGGCUGUAGCUCAAGGUUACGCUGCCGGACCUCCAGAGGCUGUAUGCGCCUCGAUGGCUCCUGACCCAAGUGCGGGUGGCCACGGGGCUCAAGCACAAACAACGCCUCCUCCCUACGAAGUGACAAUGGACGUGCCCUGCAAUGGUUACGUAUCUAGAAGAAAAUACGCAAUGAUUCUGAGACCUACUAACAGAUCAUACGAAAUUGAAGGCUUUCUAUGCCAAGUGCGCAAUGCUGACGGGUCGGACACAACGGCCAUCGGCACGUUCUCCGAUUUCAACCCAAAACGGAAAGCUAAAACAUUGCCUUGCACCUCUUCCAAGGGAGCCGUCACUCACAAGAACGAAGAUGGAGUUCACGAGUUUCAAGCCAUGUGGAAGGCACCAUCGAGCAUACCGAACUACAACUUGAGGGCGUUCUGCACAGUCGUGGAGCACAAAGACACUUAUUGGUUGAAAGUUCCGUCUUCUUACUUCACGUCUGCAAAUAACAAAACAGACAAUUGUGUGCACGGGCAGUGCGUGGAACUCAAAGGAUCGACCUCACGCUGCAUGUGUGAAGCAGGAUACGCUGGUCCAACGUGCGAAUCCGUUCGCACAGAUGCAAGCCCAUCACUACCGAGACACGAUACAUGCAACGAGUUUAUGAAAGAAUGGGCUGCCAAACUUGAUGAAUGGAAAGCGUUCUUUGACAAAUACCAGAAGAUGUUCGGAAAUAAUUCGUCGCCUACGAACAGCACUAUCCAUGAUGACGAUUCUAUGUGAUGUUGAUGCUUGUCAUGACGAGUAGCCUGAGCAGAGGCUGAACUCAUACGUCUUACCAUGACGACCAUG